AUGUCCUCGCGCAACGAAAAUUAUCGUGAGAUCACUUGGCAAGAAUUUCAAACCAAGUUGCUCGAUAUGGGCCUCGUGCAAAAGCUGGAUGUAAUGAAUAACAACGCUGUGCGAGUUGCGUUGAGACCCGAGGCCGCCGACGUGAUUACCACGCCGCACCGAAAGUACUACUUCCGAAUUGGCUCUGUUGAUAUAUUUGAACGACAUAUGGAAGAAGCGCAAAACCGACUCAAUAUACCCAGUUCGGAACGAAUUCCUAUAGCAUACCAUCAAGACGUUUCCGUCAUAAAUGCCAUACUCCAGCUAGCCCCUACGCUGCUUUUGAUAGGCUUCUUUUUGUACAUGGCCAAACGUGCAACUGGAGCCGCCAGUCAACAAGGCCCAGGAGGGUUAUUCAAUAUCGGUAAAAGCCGAGCAAAAUUAUUCAAUCAGGAAAGCAAAGUUCGCAUUUCUUUCAAAGAUGUGGCCGGGGCGGACGAAGCCAAGGAGGAAAUCAUGGAAUUUGUAAAGUUUCUGAAAAAUCCCGCCGCUUACGAACGAUUAGGUGGAAAAAUACCUCGAGGCGCGAUAUUAUCGGGUCCACCCGGUACGGGCAAAACAUUGCUUGCGAAAGCCACCGCCGGUGAAGCGGGAGUCCCCUUCUUGAGUGUGAGUGGUUCCGAAUUUGUGGAAAUGUUCGUCGGCGUAGGACCUUCGCGUGUGCGGGAUCUGUUUGCCACCGCCAAGAAAAAUGCACCAUGCAUUAUCUUUAUUGACGAAAUUGACGCGAUCGGCAAAGCGCGUGGCAAAGGAGGCCAGUUUGGAGGCAAUGAUGAGCGCGAAAGCACGCUAAACCAGUUAUUGGUGGAAAUGGACGGAUUCAACACGAGCGAGCAUGUGGUGGUCCUGGCAGGCACUAAUCGUCCGGAUGUGCUGGAUCCGGCUUUACUACGUCCUGGACGGUUCGAUCGCCGUGUAACCAUUGAUCGUCCGGAUGUCAAGGGUCGUCAACAAAUAUUCAAAGUGCAUCUCAAACCCAUUACACUGGGGGUGACGGAUAUAGACGCCUUGACUGAAAAACUGGCCAAUUUAACGCCUGGAUUUGCCGGCGCCGAUAUCCACAAUGUGUGCAAUGAAGCAGCCUUGAUCGCAGCGCGACAUAGAAAAGAUACCGUGACGGAACCGGAUUUUGAGCAAGCCAUUGAACGCGUGAUUGCCGGAAUAGAGAAAAAGUCGCGUGUGUUAUCACCUGAAGAAAAGAAAACCGUCGCUUAUCAUGAGGCAGGUCACGCUGUGGCGGGCUGGUUCCUUCAAUACGCGGAUCCGUUACUAAAGGUAUCGAUCAUUCCCCGAGGAGCCUCCGCCUUGGGUUACGCGCAAUACCUUCCAAAGGAUCAAUAUCUGUACAGUGAAAAGCAAUUGCUGGAUCGUAUGUGUAUGACCCUCGGCGGACGAGUAGCCGAGGAACUCCACUUUGACACCAUCACAACGGGGGCCCAGGAUGAUUUGCAAAAAGUGACCAAAAUGGCCUAUGCGCAAGUAUCUGCAUACGGAAUGAGCUCCAAAGUGGGUCCAUUAUCAUUUGACGAUCCAUCGCAGCAAGAACCCCAAUUUCAAAAACCGUAUUCGGAAACCACCGGCCAAAUGAUUGAUGCUGAAGUUCGCAAACUCGUUGACGAAGCGUACCAAAGAACGACACGACUUUUGCAAGAGAAAAAACCGCUCAUUAAUAAAGUAGCGCAGCUGCUUCUGGAAAAAGAGGUCAUUACAAAGGAAGAUAUGGAAAGACUACUCGGGAAGCGGCCUUUCUCGACGGAUACGUCGCCAACCCACCGUCCCAAUGAGGAAAUCUCGCCUCCACCGUUCCCUCAGGACACACCACCCGACGAUGUUAAAUUUAAAAAUGUGUAA